AUGAACAGCAUUAAUACAAGCUUCAAAAAUUCCACUGAAUGGAACGUCCAAACAAAUGACUCAUGCUUCUAUCUGACUAGGUUUCUUAUUUAUGCUCAAGAGCCUUUAAGAAUUUCUUUUAUUAUCAAUUGUGCGUUAAAUGUAUUCCUAUCUAUCACAGCCAUUGUUGGAAAUACGUCCAUCCUAUGGGCUUUGAAGCGGUGCUCCCCUUCACUCCGCCCUCCUUCGAAAGCUCUGCUGUGUAGUUUAUCACUAUCUGAUUUGGCUGUUGGUGUCCUUGUUCAGCCCUUGUACGUCGUUUACAAAGUCGCCGAAACGAGCGAUCAGUUUCGAAUCUUUUGUAUCGCUGGAAUUGCAUUCCACCUAUCUGCCAAUGUGUUUCAAGCGGUUUCUUUUCUAACGGUGACAGCCAUAUCGUUGGACAGGCUAUCGGCGCUGUAUUUACAGACAGCAUACAAUGCAAAGAUCUACCAAAGGCGAGCUUGGAUUUUGCUCUUUCUUCUGUGGUCUUCAACAAGUCUUUGGGUGGUCACAUGGUUCAUAAAUAUCACAAUUUAUCAGAUAUUUAACGUUACCAGCGUGUGUAUAUGCCUUGUAAUCUGCGCAUCGGCUUACAUUACGCUUCAGAUUCGCCUUCGAAAGCGGCAAACUGUAAUAAAGUCUCGUUUUAGGAAUCAUGACCAAAAUGAGCCAAAAGGAAUUGUGAAGAUUCACACACCACAUCUUCAUUUGUACCAAAGAUCUGUGACCACGAUGUUUUACAUUUACAUUUUGCUGAUUCUGUGCUACGCACCCUACUGGCUGAUGUUCAUUGUUAUACAAAUAACUGGUAGGAAUUCUACAAAAAUUGCUGCCCUAAGUUUUUCAAUGACGCUCCUAUUCGCCAAUGCGAGUGUUAAUCCGUUUCUUUACUGUUGGCGAAUUCACGAAGUUAGAAAGGAAAUUUUAAAGAUACUGGAUAGAAUAAGAUGUAGAAAGUAA